AUGUCCAAGCCGACCACCACUGUCAUUGCAGAGCAGGCAGUGCUCCCCGGCCGCCUCGACUACUCCGCCGUCGCGAUCGACAUUGCCGAUGGCCGCAUCGUAGCCGUCCGCUCGUCACUCGAGCCCGCGCCGGGUGCCGAGGUUAUCCGCGUACCCAAGGGCAAGGUGUUACUGCCAGGUCUGAUCGACACCCACGUCCACCUCAACCAGCCCGGCCGCACUCAAUGGGAGGGUUUCGCAACGGGCACUCAAGCGGCAGUCUCAGGCGGUGUAACGACGCUCGUCGACAUGCCGCUCAACUCUAUCCCGCCUACGACCACAGUGGCCAAUUUGGAGGAGAAACAAGCGGCGGCAGAGGAUGCGGGCAUUGCCUGUGACACUGGUUUCUGGGGUGGCAUCAUCCCUGGUAAUGCGCCAGACCUAGCUCCGCUGGUCAAAGCCGGCGUGAAGGGCUUCAAGUGUUUCCUCCUCAACUCUGGCGUUGACGAGUUCCCUCACGUCAGCGAGCAGGACAUCCGCGACGCAUGCGACGCGCUUAAAGACACGAACGCACUGGUCAUGUUUCAUGCCGAACUCGAUCCCCACGGACACAGCGAUACGAGCCACCUCGUCCCAACGAGCUGGGGAAGCGCAUUGAGUAUUGGUCUGGUUGUGGCCCUCGGGACAAUUAUGCAUGCCCGCAAUACGGGCCAGGAGAUGCUGGGCAAAGUCGCUACUGGCAUCGCCGGUUUCCUCAGCGUCACACUCGCUACCUACCUCUCGCCAUGGAAGCCGAGGCACUUCGAGGUCGACGGGGGGCCCGGCCCAAACCAGAUCGCCAUGGCACUCACGGCUGGGCCCGCGCUCGGUAUUGCUCUCGGAGCCUACUUCUUCGGCAUGGAGCAGACGCGUAACCUUGCACCGCUCGUUAUUCCAGUCGUCGGCGCCGUGUUUGCAGGCUCAUACCUCGCCGCGGGGGGCGAGUAUGCUGCGUGGCUGGCUACCCGCCCGCCCAAGAUGGAGGAGGAUGCGCUCCAACUCGUCCUCCGUAUCUGCCGCGCUUACCCCAAUCUGCGCUUCCACAUCGUCCACCUCUCGGCCGCUAGCGCCUUACCGGCGCUCCGCGCCGCACGGGCCGGUACAGACGGCGGUGCCCCAGUCAAGAACCUCACCGUUGAGACUUGCUUCCACUACCUCUGCCUCGAGGCCGAGGACGUACCCCGCGACGCGGCACAGUACAAGUGCUGCCCGCCUAUUCGCGACGCUAAGAACCGCCGCGAACUCAUCAAGGCACUCAAGCACGGCGAGAUCCAGUACGUGGUGUCCGACCACUCGCCAUGCACGCCCGAACUUAAAAAGGGAGGAUUCAUGUCUGCUUGGGGAGGCGUGUCGUCGCUCGGCCUCGGCCUCCAGCUCCUCAACACCGAACUUGAUGUUGGCGUUCCGCGCAUCGUCGAGUGGCUCGGCAUUAACCAAGCCCGCCAGGUCGGCCUCGAGGGCAUCAAGGGCGAGCUCAAGGAGGGCUGCGAUGCCGACUUUGUCAUCUUUGACCCAGAGGCCACAGAGGUCAUCACAAAGGACCACCUCCUCUUCCGCAACAAGGUCUCGCCCUACCUCGGCAAGACCGUCCGCGGCCGCGUCGAGCAGACUUAUCUCCGCGGCCACAAGGUCUUCGACUUCAGCGAGGGUGUCAUCCACAACAAGUCGGGCCAGUUCCAGCUGUAA